CAGUUGUUAUUUUGUUUUGGCCAUCGAUAGAUCGUUAGAGAGACAGAGAGGCUAAAAUAUAUAAAUAAAUAAUAUAUACUUAUUAUCGCAUUUAUUAAGGAAUAUUACUAACUGUAAACACUAUUCAAAAUGUGUAACGCUCUAUGUGAAUGCCUCAAGUGCCCUGGCAAAGUUGUUUGCUGCUGCUGUUCAUGCGCCUGCAAAAUGCUAAUGAGCAUCUUCUGCUCGGUUAUAAUCCUGCUGGUGAUUAUUGGAUUGAUUGUUUACUUUACUGUUUACCACAACAAGGAUAACGGCAAUGCACAGAAACAAUUGAAAGCAAUGGCGCCGAUUGUUAAGCGAAGCAUACGCGAUUACUUUAACAAGGAAUAUUGAUUUUGAAAACACCCAAAGAAUUUUUUAAUAUAAGUUAUGAUAGCUACCGAAAAAAAAGAAAUACGAAAAUGCUGAAACCUAA